AUGCAGGAAAGAAUUUUGUUCGCUACGAUAAUACUUGCAGUUUUCUACACGGCAUACGUCAGAUCAGUUCCAUUCAUCACCAAAUGCAAGUCAGACGAUUCGAAAUGUGCAAAAGAAUCUGCCCAAGCGGCAAUAACUAUGUUUGCCGCCGGGUUGCCAGAAUAUGGUGUGAAAACACUGGACCCCGUCACGUUCCAAAAGAUAGACGCCAGUUCACCAAACUUGAAACUCAUCCUUACUGAUAUAACCGUAACAGGACUCAAAAAUUGUAUAUUCCAAGAAGUCAAACGCGACAAACCGAAGUCAAAGUUGUAUUUAAAACUUCAGUGCUCCGGCGUUUUGGAUGGUCAAUACGAAAUGAAAGGGCAGCUGCUUAUUCUGAAAAUCGAAGGCAAAGGGCCAAUUCAUGUCAACUUAAGAAAAGCUGAAAUAAGCGUGGAUAUCGAUUUAGAAGAACAAAACGACAAAUGGAACAUCAAACAGUGGAAACACUCAUACGAAUUAAAGGAUAAUUCAGAAGUUGUUUUUGGAAACCUAUUGGAUGGAAAUGAAGAAUUAAAAAAACCAGUGGAAGAAGUUAUAGCUAACAACGGUAAUGAAAUUAUCUUGGAAGUUGGUCAACCUGUGGUGAAGACUAUAGUUGAUGAAAUGGUCUCAGAAGUCAAUAAAUUCUUCCAUGCUGUUUCUGCGAAGGAACUAUCUAUUGAU